AUGUCUACACUUUGCCACAAGAGAUUUCCUCUAUCGUCAUAUCAACAACGUAUGGUGAUUUUACAACAAACGUCUCCCAAGUCAACAGCUUACGUAGAGACAGUGUUUUGCCGUUUAUCAAAAAAUAUUGAACCCACUGAUGCCAUAAAGGCAUUGGCUGUUAAGCAUCCAAUGCUUACCUCCAAGAUUGAAAUGUCCAAUGAUAACAAAAUGUACACAAUGAAUGUUACAGGUCAAACACUAUUUGAUAUUGAAUCGGAAACAUUGAAUGAAAAAGACAACUUAAACGAUUAUGUGAUAGAGUCUACACCUAUAAUUGAUGUUAUUUCUUCCCCAUUGUACAAGUUCCGUCAUCUUUUUACUGCUACAAAUAGAUCUUUCUUUGUACUGCAUGUACAUCAUGUGAUUGUUGAUGUCGUGACACUACAAGCUCUUGCUAAAGACCUUCAAGCUAUUGCUACCGGUACACUACCACAAUCAGAGCCACAUGCAUAUCAUUAUUCAGAGUAUGUGGAAAACGAAGAGAUGUACAUGACCACAGUGCAGCACGAAUCCGAUAAGACAUUCUGGACAAAAGCAUUUUCUAGCUUACCUCCUGAUGCAACUUUGGCCACUCAAUCAAAAUCAGAAUAUAGACAGACUUCUGCUGCUAUCUACAGAGCAAGAGAAGAGGUUUGGGAUCUGCCUAAAGAAAUGAUGAAGGAAAUCACAAAAUAUUGUAAAGCGUUAGGAGUAACACAUUUUCAGUACUUUCUCUCGUGUACAUCUCUAGUACUUCAGAGAUACCUUGGCGUUGAUGAUUUCAUCAUUGCUAUACCGGUAACGACAAGAAGUGAUAUGAGCAUGAAGGCAGAUGGGUUGUUUAUCAACACAGUGUUGUUCAGAGUCGCAGUUAACAAGAACCAAACACUACAAGAAUUUGUCAAGUACAUCUCAGUUGAAUGGUGGAAAGCGCUUUGCCAUUCCCGGUAUCCUAUAGAGCAGGUUACCAAAUCACUGUGGAAAGAAAACGGCAGAUGUCUGGAUACGCUUUGCAGCGUUAUGUUUAACUUUACAACACAUUGUCAGACAGAUGAAAUAUUUCGAAUUGGUUCAAAACAUGCAAAAAUGCCUCUUAGUCUUGAUAUCAUUUACAAUGAGAAAACAGAUUCAUGCAGGCUGAUAUCUGAAUGGGCAGAUGGCUUGAUAGACAGCGACACUGCUAAACGGCUAUCUAAUGCCGUAGCAAUGUUCUCAAGUGAAGGAUUUCAAACCACAGAAAUGCUUUUUGAAAGAGAAAUCCUUUCUCCUUCUGAACUUCAGCUAUUGCUAUCAUUCAACGCAGACCCUGAUCAUUCUGAAAAGUACCACCUCCCAGUUCACAAAGAAUUCGAAAAAUAUGCUGCAAGAGAUGCUACAGCUACAGCAGUAUUUUUUAAUGAAAACAACACAUCCUACGGUCAGCUAAACUCUAUUUCGACAAGAAUCGCACAUUUUUUGAGUAAAAGUUUGUCAGAACAAGUUCUUCAGCAGAACCCUGUAGUUAUCGUUAUGGAGAAAGACCAGAAUGCUAUAGCAUCUAUUCUCGCCAUAUGGAAAGCUGGUGGUCAUUUUCUGCCGGUUGCUUUGAGUAAUGAAACAUGUUUGAAAGAUAUAUUUGAGUGUGAAACACCAGCUGCACUUUUGUACAACGUAGAAACACCCACGAUCAAAUUCGUAUCUACAAGCUGUCCUGUAUGGAGUGUCGAGGAUAUAUUGAAAUUUUCCCAAGAUGCACAAGUAGUUUGGAAAUCUAACGAAAGCAGAUCAACGGGAGGUGACAUUGCAUACGUCAUUAGGACAUCGGGGUCAACAGGAAAACCAAAACGAUGUCAAAUUUCUCAUAAGAGUCUCUGGAUUAUUGCUGAAGCCUGGAAACAGAAGUACUCGAUGUCAAAAUCCGUCAUCAACGUUCUUCAGUGGGCACCUCUAUCUUUCGACGUGUUCAUCGGUGACGUUGUACGAGCAUUAGUCUGUGUCCAAGGAAAGUUGAUUAUUUGCCCCGACAAUCGCAGAUUGGAUAUACCCUAUAUUCGAAACCUUAUUAAAAAACAGCACGUUACCUUGUUUGAAACAACGCCACAAUUCGGAUUGCAGAUCAUCAACAAUUCUGACGCAAAAGAUCUCGAAUCUAUCAAAGUCUUUAUUCUUGGAUCCGACGUGCUUCAUGGACACGUAUACAAACAAAUUAGAUGCCGACUAAGGUCUGAUCAAAGAUUAAUCAAUAGUUAUGGGAUGACAGAGGCCACUAUUGAUUCUUCCUUCUUUGAAGGAGAUGAAGUGCCAAUAACCAGGAGUGGGACUGUCCCAAUUGGGAAACCUCUUCCAGGUGUAAUGAUGUACAUUCUUGAUUCAAAGACGCUUCAGCCAUGCCCUGUUGGAACCAUAGGUGAGUUAUACAUUAGUGGUGAUAUACUUGCAACUGGAGAUGUAAAGAUGGUCCAAAUAAAUUACUUCCAAAGACAGGCUUUGAAAACAGGAGAUUCUGCCCGUUGGCUACCAACAGGAGACAUAGAACUUAUAGGUAGAUUGGACGACAUAGUUAAACUAAGAGGCUUCAGAAUUAGUACCACCGAAAUAGAAAACAAAAUAGUAGGCCUUAUCGAUGGAGUAAAAGAAGCACAUGUAACUGUCAUUUCAAAUUAUGAAAAGAGCGAGAUAGAAUUUCUGUGCGCUUUCUUGGUAAUAGAAGAAGGUUUCCAACAAAGAAAUACAGUAACACAUCAGCGAGUGACUAGCAAAUUGAGAAGUCAGAUACCAUACUACAUGUUGCCCGAUAAAAUCCAAAUCAUAAGGGAAGUUCCUCUCACAUCCCAUGGAAAAGUUAACAGAAAAGCUCUUCCGAAAAUUGUACAUACUCCAACGCCGAUCUGUCACACACAGCAAAUCGACGCAAAUACAGCAACAAUUACGAAAUUAAAAGAAUGGUUUGCUGAAGCUCUCGAUUUAAAACAUCAUGAUCUUGUAAGCAAUAGUAGGACUUUCACGGAACAAGGUGGCCACUCUCUUAUACUUGUUCGAUUCUGGUCACUGAUAACGAGUAACUCUAAUUUCAAAAUAGAAAUCGCAGACUUAUUUUCAUAUCCUACAAUAUCCUCCUUGGCAGAAUUCAUCAAAAGCCAAGAGAAAGUAGGAGGGUUACACAUGAUGCGUUAA